AUGAUUUACCAUCAUGAGAAAUGUUCAAAGAAUUACCAUUGCCAACAUAGACUCCAUCAUUGCCUGUGUAAGGUGAAGAUUGACGGAGAAGAGCCAGAUUAUAUGUCAUAUGGCUGGUUGCACCAGAAUUGGCAAGCUAGUGAGGCUCAAUGUGAUCAAUAUCUAGGUCAGAUGAAGCAUGUGAUGAUAAAUGCAGUCCAACAAAACUCUGUGCAAGUGUGGAGCGAUCAUCGAAAGUACGAUUAUCCCGAGCAUAACGAAAAUGACAGCGAUCUGCGGUAUGACCAGCCUUUUUGCAAAUUUGAUAGUGAGGUUGGUUAUGACGUGAAGAAGCUUGAUUAUGGGGAAAGUUAUUUCCAUAGCCAUAACGAGGGUAAGAGGAUUAGUUGUCACGUCGAUGAUCAUGACGGGAGUCAUGACGUGGACCUUGGCAAUUAUCACGUCUUUAAUCAAUGCUCUAGCGAUUACCAUUGUUGGAUUGACAGACUACUAGAGCAGAUUCAGAUAAUUGUGCACCAGCAGGGGCAAUGGGCGUGGAUGAUCGAGAAUGGAAGCACUUCAAAUGUUGCCCAUGAACUAAUAGUCAUGCCCGAAGAUCAUCAAA